CGUGGUGUGAACUGUUUAACCAUCAAAUUAGUCACAAAAUUAAUAGAAGAAGAAUCAAAACAACAUCAGCUGUUCAGAUACCGCUACAGCUGAUGUAAUCAGUCGCAAGACCAAAAUUUUCACAAUUUGUUUGUAUAAAAUGUCUAAAUUUUUACAAAUAUCAUUUAAAAUAAGUCUGAAAAAUUAUGUAAAACAUAAAAGUCUGUUAAAUUACCGCUGUCGGCAACGCUGGACAUCGAAUUUAGCCAAUUUAGCACCAGGAUAUCAACCAAAACUAGUGGAAAAUGACAAAUGGAAUAAGAGUUAUGGACAGUCUUCUGAAACAAAAGGUAAAUGUAAACCUGGAACAUUUCGUAUGUUGCUGCCACCACCCAAUGUUACGGGAAAUUUACAUUUGGGUCAUGCUUUAAUGGCCACUGUACAGGAUGUUAUAUGCCGUCAACAAAGACAAUUGGGUUAUGAUGUGGUAUGGAUACCGGGCACAGAUCAUGCUGGCAUUGCCACCCAGGUGGUGGUGGAAAAAAAAUUAUUAAAAGAUCAAGGUGUCACUAGACAUCAAAUUGGUCGUGAAGAGUUUUUAAAGGAAGUAUGGAAAUGGAAGCAAGAAAAAGGUGAGGGCAUAACCGAUGAUUUACGUAAGUUAGGCUGUACGCUUACGUGGGAUAGAGAAUAUUUUACCAUGGAUAAGCGUCAAGCGUAUGCCGUGAAUGAAGCAUUUAUACGCCUUUUCGAGGAAGGUCUCAUGACACGCAAAGAGUCUCUAGUCAAUUGGUCUUGUGCCUUAGAAUCUGCAAUUUCUGAUAUUGAGGUAGAAACGUUAGACCUAAAAGGCGCCACCGAAAUUGCCGUACCAGGUUAUGACAAAAAUAUUACAUUUGGCCGUAUUUAUGACAUAGAAUAUAAAGUUUUGGGUAGCGACAAAGAAACAAUAACAGUAUCCACCACCAGACCCGAAACAUUGCUGGGCGAUGUCGCAGUAGCUGUUAAUCCUACGGAUGAGCGUUAUAAAAAGUAUCGUGAUAUGCCGGAGGUUUUGUUAUGGCAUCCUUUUCGUGAAGAACCUAUACCCCUGGUUUUCGAUGUAACUGUUGAUCCUGAGUUCGGUACUGGUGCUGUUAAAAUUACGCCAGCUCAUGACCGCAACGAUUUUGAAUUGGCCGCCCGGCAUUUACUUAAAGCCAAACAAGUAUUCACCCCUACGGGUCACAUAAAGCAGGAAUAUAAAGAAUUUGCUCAAUUGCCAAGAUUUGAAGCUCGUGAGAAAAUUUUAGAAAAACUAGGAGAAUUACAACUUUUAAAUUCUAUACGUGAUCAUACUAUGCAAUUGCCCAUAUGUUCACGGUCAAAGGAUGUUAUAGAGUAUAUGUUGAGAAAACAAUGGUUUUUGCAUUGUCAACCCAUGGCCGAUGAGGCUUUAGCGGAAGUUUUAAGUGGACGUUUGCAAAUAAUACCGAAUAAUUUCGAAAUUGAUUGGCAAAAGUGGCUGGAAAAUUGUCAUGAUUGGUGUGUGUCUAGACAAUUAUGGUGGGGUCAUCAAAUUCCGGCCUAUAAAGCUGUAGAUACCACUACCAAUGAAGCCACUUGGGUGGCAGCACACUCAGCAGAAGAUGCUUUAAGUAAAGCUCAACAUAUUUUAAAAUCAUCCUCUAUAACUGUAACACAGGAUUCAGAUGUUUUGGAUACUUGGUUCUCCUCGGCACUGCUACCCUUCUCCGCUUCAAAUUGGCCUUCAGAAGAAUAUAAAAAUGAUUAUCCCCUGGAUGUAAUGGAAACCGGCCAUGAUAUUUUAUUCUUUUGGGUGGCCCGGAUGGUAAUGUUGGGUGUGAAACUCACUGGCACAGCUCCUUUUAAGAAAAUACUGUUGAAUGGCAUUGUGUGUGAUGCCCACGGACGUAAAAUGUCCAAGAGUUUGGGUAAUGUAGUGACACCUCAACAAGUAGUGCAGGGAGCAUCAUUAGAGUCUCUGCAAGAGGAUAUAAAAUCAUCACAUAAAGCUGGUAUUUUAAGUGCUUCAGAGAUACAAAAAUCUAUUAAAGGUUUGCAGCGUAUGUUUCCUCAGGGUAUACAAGAAUGUGGCACCGAUGCUUUACGUUUUACCCUGUGCUGUCACAAUAUUAAAAGCCAUUUCAUAAAUUUUGAUAUCAAUGAAUGUUACACCAAUAAAUUAUUCCUGAAUAAAAUAUGGCAAGCUACUAGAUUUACACUGGGUGCAGCAGAACGCUUAAACAUGCCUCUUAACGAGGUGGAAUCAAUGAAUCAUGUGCCCUUAACCAAAUGGGAUUUAUGGAUUUUAAGUCGUUUGGCGGAAACUUUAAAAAUCUGCCAAGAAAGUUUUGAAAACUAUAAUUUACAUGCAGCCACUCAAGCUUUAAAGCAUUUCUUGUACAAUAAUUUAUGCGAUGUGUAUGUGGAAACCUGCAAAUCUAACAUUAAUUUACAAAAACCUGAAGGUUAUAUACACUGUGCCACUUUAGCCACUGCCUUAAGCUGGUCUUUACAGGCUAUGAGUCCUUUUACUCCUUUUCUAAGCGAAGAAUUGUUAAAAUAUUUGCCUCAAAACAUAGAAAUUGAGCUGAAUAGAUUUCAAAAUCCCCAAUUAGAGCAAGAAAUUAAUGAUAUUUUGGAUAUAUCACAAAAUGUUAGACAACUUAAGAGUCGUCAUAAUAUUUCCAAAAAAUAUGAUCCACAAUUGAAAUUGUUUGCCCAUAACGAAGAAGCUUUGCGGCUACUGCAGAGCCAUGUGCAAGAAAUACAAGCUUUAACUUUGGUGCGUGGUGUGCAAUUGGACAUGUUGAGCGAAAGUUCUAAAGAUAAUAAGGAUUUGAAAUUAUUUUCCACUGCGGGACAUUUGUGUAGUUUUGGCAUAUCAACCAAUGAUUUGUAUAAACCAAAAGCGGAAAAGUCAACAUUAGUGAAUAAUCUGAAUGAGCAGAAAUUGCAGAAACUGGAAGCUGAAUUGAAACGUUAUCAAAUGCGUGUGGAAAAUGAGGGUUUUCGCAAAUCCGCCAGUGCUGAGAUACAAGAGAAACAUGCGCAAAAGAUCCAACAAUUGGUGGUAGAAAUAGAAAAAAUUAAAUCCAUUGCAAGUUGAUUGUUUGUAAAUUAAAAUAAAUAACUAUUCUUUAUUUUUUAUUACAAAAUUAGUAAUAAUUGUUAUAAAAUAACUGUUUAAACUUAAAUUAAAUUUCUAAAAUAAUAAAAAAAACACUAUUUAAUUGCUAAAAGUAAA